UAACCUCAGCAGUGAACUGUUUAAAAAGGAUUUGAUAACUCCAGUGUUCAAAGUCCGCGAGUAUGCUCUGAAUAUUAUUUACAGGGAUCACAUUUGAUCCAGUAAGAGAUCAUGGAACAGCGAGAGCUGCCUGGGCUUCUGGUUAAUGAAGUGGGGGGUGUACUUGGUGUGCUGGAGGCCUAUGUGGACUUCCUGAAGAAAUACUUUCACCUUAUCACCAUGAAGAAAUUUCUCAAAAACAAAAACCAUUUGAGCAAAAAGGUCCAAGCUAUUUAUGUGUGGUGGCAAAAACCCAUCAUUGACCGAGAACUCCUCGAGAGUCUGCCCAACUUGAAGGUGAUUGCAAAUUCAGGUGUCGGAAUUGAUCACUUGGAUUUGAAACUAAUCUCUAGCUUUGGAGUGAAAAUGGCUAAUGCCCCAAAUGCUGUUUCCAGCUCCACAGCAGACACUGGAAUGGCCCUGCUGCUGGCAUCUGCUAAAAGACUAGUGGAAGGUUGUCAGAUUGCAGUUUCCCCAAACACUGAAUAUUUUGCUGCUGACUGGAUGGGAGAUGAAGUUACAGGGGCUACUCUUGGUAUCAUUGGAAUGGGCAGGAUUGGGUAUAAGAUUGCACGGAGGGCCAAAGCUUUUGAAAUGAAAAUUCUGUAUCACAACAGGAACCGGAGAACCGAGGAAGAGGAACGGGCUGUUGGUGCCACUUAUUGUACAAAGAUAGAAGACUUGCUCCAGCAGUCAGAUUUUGUGAUGCUGGUCGUGAGCCUGACACCGCAGACAUGUAAACUGAUUGGGAAAAGGGAACUGGAGUGGAUGAAACCCACUGCUACUCUCAUUAACAUCAGCAGAGGUCCAGUGGUAGACCAAAAUGCACUGGUGGAAGCUCUUCAGAAUGGUGUUAUCAAGGCUGCAGCUUUGGAUGUCACUUACCCUGAACCUUUGCCCAGAGAUCAUCCAUUAUUAAAACUAAAGAACAUUCUCAUAACUCCUCAUCUUGGUGUUAAAACAGACAAGGCCACUCGCAUGAUAACGGAGGAAGCAGUUGCAAAUAUACUGGCAGCUCUUAAUGGUCUCUCUAUCCCCAAUGAAGUAUUUCCUUAGUUGGGAGAUAUUAAAGGGCAUCACAGCUAUAAAAAAAC